GAAUAUAUGUAUAUUUUUCAAUCAAUUUAUGAUAUAAAUCAAUUUUGAAUUAUUAUUUUGAUUAGAAAUAUGUAUAUAAAGUUUAAAUUUUGUUUUAUGGUUAGUUUAGAAAAAAAAGUUUUAGGCAAUUAGAUUGACUCAUUUUAAAACUGGCUCAAAUAGAUAGUUUCUUAUAAUAUGAUGGACUUUCAAUUUUUCUUAAUAACAUAAGCCCAUUACUUUUUUGCUUAAUAAUACUAUCCUUAUUUUCAAACAAAGGUAAUGGUUAUUGAAAAAUAGUUUAGUAAAAAUUCAUUUUUGAAUAUAUGUAUAUUUUUCAAUUAAUUUAUGAUAUAAAUCAAUUUUAAAUUAUUAUUUUGAUUUGAAAUAUGUAUAUAAAGUUUAAAUUUUAUUUUAUGGUUAGUUUAGAAUAAAAAGUUUAAAUGAUUUGAUUCAUUUUAAAACUGAUCCAAAUAGAUAGUUUCUUAUAAUAUGAUGGACUUUCAAUUUUUCUUAAUAACAUAAGUCCAUUGUUUUUUUGCUUAAUACUACUAUCUUCAUUUCCAAACAAAAGUAAUAUUUUUUUAAAAGACUACAAUCCAUGUUACCAAACACUCUUAUUUUUUAAACUCAUAUACAUGUUUCCAAACAUUCUCAUUUUGUACUUCAGUUUUAAUAAGAUAGAUAAUAAUAAAUAUUAAUUAUUAUUCCUGAUUCGAAAAACCUUUACGGACGUCGGAUGUUUAGUAUGAAUGAUUUUAUCAAAUCAUACAAUUUAGGCAAUUAAACCCUCUCUUAAAGGAUCACUCGUCCUUCUGUGUUAAGCUUGGUGCUCUAGAAAUGGGGAAAAAAAAGAAACCCAAAGCGGACGAAGCUGACGUGACGGCAGAAAGAGAAGGUGUGAAUCAAGAAUCUCAAAGGACUGGAAUAGGGAGAAAGAGACACGGCGAAGCUGACGUGAGAGCAGAGAGAGAAACUCCAAAGCAGAAAACUCAAAGGACUGAAAUGGGGAGAAAGAAACACAACGAAGCUCACGUGAUGGCAGAGAGAGAAGCCGUGAAUCAAGAAUCUCAAAGGACUGAAAUGGGGAGAAAGAGACACAACGAAGCUCACGUGACUGCAAAAAGAGAAGCCCCAAAGCAGAAAACUCAAAGGACUGAAAUGGAGAGAAAGAAACACAACGAAGCUCACGUGAUGGCAGAGAGAGAAGACGUGAAUCAAGAAUCUCAAAGGACUGAAAUGGGGAGAAAGAAACACAACGAAGCUCACGUGAUGGCAGAGAGAGAAACCGUGAAUCAAGAAUCUCAAAGGACUGAAAUGGAGAGAAAGAGACACAGCGAAGCUGACGUGAGCACAGAGAGAGAAGCCCCAAAGCAGAAAACUCAAAGGACUGAAAUGGGGAGAAAGAGACACAGUGAAGCUCGCGUGACGGCAGAGAGAGAAGUCGUGAAUCAAGAAUCUCAAAGGACUGAAAUAGGGAGAAACAGACACAGCGAAGCUCACGUGAUGGCAGAGAGAGAAGCCGUGAAUCAAGAAUCUCAAAGGACUGAAAUGGGGAGAAAGAGACACAUCGAAGCUCACGUGACUGCAGAAAGAGAAGCCCUAAAGCAGAAAACUCAAAGGACUGAAAUGGGGAGAAAGAGACACAUCGAAGCUCACGUGACUGCAGAAAGAAAAGCCCCAAAGCAGAAAACUCAAAGGACUGAAAUUGGACAGGGAAGUGGUGGGAGCGGUUAUGGUGAUGGCGGAUACAGUAGCCGAUGUCCAGAUAACUCAGGUGAUGUUGUUCCCCAAAGACAUGAGCUGCAAGAAGCUGACUUGCUGAAACGUAAAAUGAUGUUGAUUUGGGAUUAUGAGAAUUCGAAAAUUCCUACAGAAUUGGACCACAAUUUAGCUCGCCAGUUGAUCAUUAAAAAGCUGUUAGAUGCUGGCUUCAGCCGAAAAUGGACGGCAUCAUAGUAUACUAUGCCAACCAAUAUAAAAGACCGACAGCUAGUGUGACACUGGGCAACCAAGCUUCAGAUAUAGCUAUGACAAUGUGGACAGAAGAUUGGCUUGAGGAUCAUACUGAGCCCCAUAACGUCACGUUCAUCUCUGGCGAUGGUGGCUUCAGCAAGACUCUAGAUCUUUUGACUGAAGCGGGUCAUUUGGUGGUUCUGGUUACAAACGAAAGGGAAAAAGAUCUACGUGCUUACCUUCAGUGGACGAUGAGAGAGUGUCUCAGUCUCCCACCUGACCGAGUCUCCAAGAAUCCUAGUGAAGCAAAACAAGCCACCGUAAGAAAGUUAGAAGUAGAGCUCAUUUGAAAACUCUUCGUAAGAGUAGAGUUCGGGCUAGGAAGGAGGAACUAGAGAAAGCAAAGACCGAUUUCGUACCAAAGAGCAUUGUACAGCUGCCUGAUGGAUCUGUCCAGAUUUCCAUUGCAUUGGAAAACCAUACGCAGAAGACAGUAAUCAGAAGUAUUGAUGAUGAUUGUGUAUCAGUUGUUGGAGUUGACGAUAUGGGAACUAACAAGGAGAUCAUGGAAGAUUUAGGAAGGAAGAUUGGUAA